AUGGCGAAGAAAUAUUUUUAGAAAUAAAUAAAUUAUUGUUCACUUUGAUGGUAUUUGCGGUAUUUAAAGACAAUAAAUUUUUCGAAAUGCCUAACAAUACAGCGAAACAAGAGACAUUGCGACAUUGAUUCAAAAAAAUAUUGCUUUGGUACGAUUGGAAGAAAUAUCUCUCUGAUUUUCACUCAUUAUUUCUCUCAGUGUAAUACAAACCUGAUUUGACGAAUGUAGCUUUUAUUACAUUCGCCUUUAUAAAAUAAAACGAACAAUUUUUCAUGUCUUUGGGCCCACAACCUCUGAUUUAAUAGAAUAAUCGAAUUUUGACAGAAAAUCAUUGUCUCGUUGAAGGCGAAAGAGAGAUGAACAUAUUGUGACCUGAGCCUUCCUAUGGACAAGGAGUUGUGGUCUCCCAUAGCAACCUUGCAUUAAACCAGGCACUGCGCUGCGGAGAGAACAACACACCUUCCACUGUCCUAAGAUGUAAACCUAUUUGCUAUUCGCAAUUUCUACUUGACUUGAACCUCUGUUUCAUUUGCUCCCAAAGUCCUGAUGAAAAACUUGAACAAAUGGUCAACAAAUUGGACGAGAAAAAUACUCUAAAAAGCAUAAUUUAUAAUGAACAGCUCAAAAAUUAAUGAUUUUAUCAUCUCUUGUGCAUUAGAUAUAAAGGAGAAGAGAAAGAAACAGGUCAUGUCAAUGGUGAUUGGCAGAAUGAAUCAAUGAUUCAAUUCUUGAGAAUAACGAUUUCCAGUCAUCGCGGGUCAGAUUGAAGAGGUAGCUGUUCGUUUCAUCCGAAGGGAUUCACAUUUGAAUUAUCAUUUAUAAUAAUUCAAGAGAAAUAAUGAAUAGGCAUGAAUUGUUAAAUUUAAAGAGGAAAAAGUUGAAAAGAUGCAUUAAGAAAUACAGGUCAAGAUAGUGCAAGGUGUUGAAUAUAAAUGAUAACAGUGGAAUUUCGAUGGCGUGACAAGUGACGACAAGAAAUUUCAAAUCGCGGACAGCGGUUUGAAAGAGGUCUACAAUUGCGGAAAAUUACAUUAUAUUUCAUAUUUGUGACUGCACAAUUUAAAAGAAAAAAAAAAGAAAGAUGAUUUGUUGUGUAACAUCAAUUUAUUUUGCAAUAAAUUACAAAUGUUUUCAUUAUACAUGGAGAUUUUGAAAAAACUAAAUUUGCGUAAAAGAGAAGCAAUAAAUUUGUACUGUUAAAGGCGAUCUUAAUACGUGACGUGUUGACCUUGUCGUGCUCUCGGCUAUUACAGACGAUACCUCUAGGAUUUUUGAUCGUUAGCCAGUUGUUGUGACCCAGUGGUUACCAUAGCAUCUCAGUGACCUGGUCAAUCUAUAACCACGUGGUCAGUAAGGAAAGCUGCUAGAUUUGAUCAUUCUACCAUGGGAGCAAGAUUGUGUGCUACACGGGAGUGGAGAAAUCCAAUCGUCAAAUCUUGAUUGGCCCGGUUUUCGAAAUGGAGACGAAAUGAGGUCGGAAAUGAUAUAAUAAUAGUUUCUUCAAUUUCUACUUGUUGUGGAAAGAUUUGGUCAAGGAGGUGGCCCACAAUCAGAAUGAAUGGGUGACAGCAGUGCCACAACCAAAAGCCCUGAGGAAGUUUGGGUUUGAGGUGUGAGACAGAGGUGUGAGAUUGGAAUGGAUACGAAGACACCACUGAUACCGCUGAAGCAUCAGGAGAAGAGACAAUACAAAAAACAAGAGAUAAUUGCUGAACAUUUGUCUCUACCACCUCUGGCUACGGCUCAAUACUCGAAUGCUGAACGUCAGAGGCCAAGCACAGAUAAUAAAAAGAAUUCAGAUCCAAAUUGGGUGAGUGCUACUCCAUAUGUAACAAAGAAUUUACAUCAACAAUUGAAUAAACCCUACAGGGUCCUGCAUAUCGGUGCUACACCACUUAUGCACGCCUGUCAGCAGGGUGAAAGAUCCCGAGUUCUUAGACUUCUUAACGAGCAAGGAGAUACAGUAAAUUAUCGUGAUCGGACCCUGAGAAAUACACUCCAUUACUGUAUGGAUGCAAGUACUUGUGGUGCUGUUGCGUCAGCAGCACCACAACUUGUUAAUGCACCAGACGCUGAAGGACAUACACCACUUCAUUUGGCAGUUAUUGCUGGAGAUACUCAGCUAGUUGCCGUAUUACUUGCCAAUGGUGCCAAUGUCAAUGCUAAAGAUCUUGAGGGCCAUAGUGUUUUGCAUUGGGCAACAGUAUGUGGAGAGGCCGAGUGCGUGCGUCUAGUAUUGGCAGCAGGUGCUAAGCCAUCAACACCAGAUCUUCGUGGUGGUUCACCACUUCAUUAUGCAGCCCAGUGUUGUGGGGCUGCAGUAACGGCAGAGCUUUCAGUGCCCAAAAAGGUCGGCUUAAAAGUGCUACAUACUUUGUUAGAAUUUGGAGCUGAUGUUAAUGCUAAAGAUGAAGAUGGUCGUCAACCAAUUUUGUGGGCAGCCAGUGCUGGCAGUGUCGAAGCAGUUUUAGCACUUGUCAGAGCUGGAGGGUCGGCAGCGGCCGGGGCUACUGAUAAAGAUGGCCUUACAGCGCUUCAUUGUGCUGCAUCUCGUGGACAUGCAAGAUGUGUUGAAGCACUGGUGAAUCUUUGUGGUUUGCAGCCAGACUAUGUAGAUGAUAAUGGCUGUUCUGCAGUUCACUAUGCUGCGACUCUUGGCCAUGCUGAUGCAACAGCCCUUCUUUUGCGUCUCGGAGCUGAUCCCAAUAGACAAGAUCGUAAAGGCAGAACGCCUGCCCUAUGUGCAGCCGCGAAAGGACAGUUAGAAACUCUCAAGAUUCUCGCUCAACAUGGCGGUUCGCUUCAUGCAAGAACUGUUAGAGGAACUGGUGUUGCUCAUGAAGCUGUCUUGUCAGGUCGUAUUGAAUUGAUAGAAUGGCUAGCAAAAAAAAAACCUAGUACAUUGGAUGUUGCAACUCAUGAUGGACGAACACCUCUUCAUGUAGCUGCCCUACAUGGCUAUCUAGAUAUUUGCAAAGUACUCUUAGAUCAUGGAGUGAGAAUAAAUGCGAUUUUUCAAACGAUAAAGAGUGGCUCGAUGACACCACUUGAUGCGGCAUUGUACAGAGGUCAUCGGGACUGUGCUAAGCUCAUUCAAAUGCAUGGUGGUAUAACGGCACAUCAUGUAUGGAUGCAUCGAGAGACACCCAGCAGAGUUUUUGCAGCCAAAGUUAAAAUUCAACGGUCAAAUUCAACUUCUCCAAGUGACACUGACUCUCGCCAUCGUCGUCAUCGAAAAGCGGAUGUUUAUAUUGAAGAAAAAUGGAUUGAACAACGAACUCGUAGACAUAAUAGUCCGUCAAAAAAAAAACAUAAAAGACGUCGAAGCAGUAGAAGUUUCAGUGAAGAGGAAAUGCGAAUUUCAAAAGAGUCUCGUCGCCAGCGGCGUAGACGUGCCAAAAGUGAAUCAUCGAGGUAUGAUGGUACUGGUGUAGAAAGUACUACUACUACGUGUAGAAGAAAGUACUCAAAGCACGAGUAUAGUGAAUCCUCGAGUGAAACCGAUGAUGAUAGCUCCGAUGAAAAUGCUAUUAUCAAACGGGAAAUUCAUAGAAUGGAACGAGGCAAUAGUCUCAUAUCAGGCGAUCCAAGUCUCAGUGAUGAUAGUUUGGAAGUUGUUGUAGUAAAAAAAUCAGUGGAAAAAAAAUCGGAAAAAAUAAAAUAUUCUGAUGGAAAAUUAACGAAAAAACCACGAGAAACGUGCAAAGAAAUAAGAGCAACCUGCAAAGAAAUUCAACGUCGUAGUUCACGAGUAAAAUGUAAAGAUGAAAAAUUAAAAUCAAUUUCCACUGGGAAUACCAAAAGAACAAUAGAACAUAGGUCAUCAGGAGGAGGAGAAGAAGAGAAAGAUGGACAAGAAGGAGAGGAGAAAAAUUCUGACCCCUCAGUGAAAGAAAAAAUGGUCGAAUCUGGAGAAAAGAUGGAAAAAGAUAUGACAGAUAGUACGAGCCAAGAGACUGUAGAGCAUGUAACAGUAACGGCAAUAGUUCAUAAAGAUCAGGCACCGGAUACGCCAAUAAUUGGUGCUGGAACUAAAAUUGAAAUUAAUGAGGAACAAGAGACAUCUAAAGAUAAGAUAAAUUAUAUAUUGGAGAAAGCAGAUGAGAUGCAAAAUGCUCUAAUGACAAAAGCAGCAGAUAUGAAAAAAGACGUUGAAGAUAUUCGUCGACAAAGAAAUCAAGAAGCCGUUUCCCCGUUACCUGAUGAUAACCAAUGUACUAAGGAUGAUAAUUUCCCAGCCAAAGGUAGGGAAAAAAUGGAUAAUGUUAUGAGCAAUUCACCAACAGUUCACUGCCAACAAAAGUUUUCACCGUUACAGAAUGAACCAAAGGAUAACUAUGCAAUCAGCAGCCAAUCAUCUCUGAAAAACAAUAUACGUGAUAAUAAUAAUAUUACUGAAUCAAUUGAAGGAGAACAAUCAAAAAAAAAUGAAGAAAAUAAUGACAAAGAGAAACAAGACCAACAGAAUAUGGUAGUUUCUUUGGUUAAUCAAAAUAAUGAUAAUGUUAGUGAUAAUGAAUUUAUAAAAUCCCCUAACGAGAAUCAAUUUAGCGCUUUCUCCACAAAGAUUAGUCAUUCAGAAGACCCAAGGGAGGGAAAAAGUACUGGCGAAUUAAAGAAAAGUAACGGGCAAGAUGUUAUUAAUGAUGAAAAAAUGGAAAAAGUUGAUAAAGUCACAACCUCUUCAGCCUUGGAGAACAUUCAAUUGAAUGAUCAAGAUAUUGGUGCUUCAUCCGAAAUAGUGACGAAUCAGACCGAAUCGGAUAAACAUAAUGAUACAGUAUCAAUUUCAUCUAAAGAUAUGAAAAAAUUGACAAAUUCUAGACCGUCAACAGCUAAGAGCAAAAGUUCAGGUGAUAAUUUAUUUGGAAAUUCAGAACAUCGUUCACCCGAUCGUAGCGCAAUUGUUGCAGUCAUUGAGAGUCCGGAGUGGGAUGAAGAAGAUGAAGAAGUUGUCAAGGAAAUUCAGAAUGUAGUUGAUAACAAUACUGAGCUAGAAACAGAACCUGAAUAUGACGAUGAAUUGGCUGUUUUAAGAGUUUUGCCAAGUACAAGUGAAGAGGAAACACCGAGAAAGCCAAUGAAAAUAUUGGAAAACACUAAAUUGGAUGCACUAACUCGUGUGGAUAAUAAAAACAUAAGAAUAUCAAAGGAACGUCGUGAUAGCGGAGGACGUGAUAGUGGUAUUGAACCAAGUCCUCGUAUUUCGAAAAUUCCAAAAAGGUCUAUAAAAUGCUAUCCCAAUACUGAAAAACACCAGGCACUUAAUAUGGACACAAUUCAACGUGAUGUGCAAAUUAAUUUGCGACGAUAUCACCUCGAGAGAAAAAUAUUCUUCCAACUUAUGGAAUUAAAAAGACUUCAAAUACGCCAUGGAAGAGCAAAUGAACAUAUUUUAGUAAAACGACAGGUUGAGAGUUUCAAUAAAUCUGGAAUGUCUGGACCAACCCUGGGAGUAGCUCGAUAUGAUCAGCCAUUGACUUUUAGACAUUUCGAGGGAUAUCUAUAUGAACAAUUACGACGCUUACAGAAAAGACCAACAACACCUGAUUGGUGCACUGAAGCCAGACAGUGCACCCAAAAAACUCAUCGCUGUCAUCACGCUACAAGUGCUUAUACUUCUCUGCCAAUUUAUACAUAUCUGGAUGGAGGAGGCCAACUGCGAGAGCAACAAAGCACACUUCUUCCGAGGAUUGAGAAUCGUGGGAAAGGUCAAAUGAUGGUUGAAGUUAGCAAGGGGGAGGAGAAACAAGUGGUUGCAUUGCCAACUGAUAAAUUGGAUCGCACUAAGCGCUACUUUAUCACAUUUACUGUUAGAGGUGAAGCGCAAAAUAGUGAAGUACUCAAUACUCCAAAAAACCCACAGAGAAACACAAAAAGCGUGUAAUAGUUGUACUUCCAACGACAUCAAGUAGAAUUCAUGUCUAUCUCAUUGCCUUCAUUACAUUUCAAUUUUGAAUAUAAAAAGGUAAAAAAUGCAACGUCUAUUCAUAGCUAAAAAAUUCUCAUAUAUACGCAAUGUUGUUCGAGGUCCUCCUCUUGUCGAGAUUUGGGACCAGAUAUAAUAAGUCCUUCACAAUAUAUUACAUAUUACAUAUUACAUCUGUGUAUUUUGAUGUAAUAAAGAAUUAAAGUUGAAAACUGUA